GUACGAAGAAUGUGUGCUUGUAUUCUGCCUGGAGCUUCAUCGUGGAAACCCUGAAUCUUUACCACCGUUCGAUUACCAACUAAAAAUCUCAUGACAAUCGCUCCCGAAAUCACCGCCUUCCGAUUAGUUGACCAACCGGAGCCCGACGCGAGGCUACUCUUCCCAUCUCCAUCAUCUUCAUAACCGUCCGAUUACUCUCUCUCUCUCUCUCGCGAACCCUAACUAGCUUUCGAAACUCCAUACGCUCGCCUUCCAAUCUCGCUAGCUGUAGCAUAAGGGAGAUUGGCUAUGUCAGGGAGUUGAAUUGAAUUGAUUGGCAACAUUGUAUGCGAGUGGAUUCUCAAAGCUCUGUCAUUCGAAGCGAAAUUUGCUUUGAUUUUGCUCUGAGAAAGUUUUUUUAACCGGAGCAUGGUCCUCGAUGCCUGUAUUAUGUUUUUUUUGGGCACAUCUUAUCCACUUUGGCCUGGACUCUUUUAACCGUUUCGGCAUAGAAUUUCGGGAGGUUUUUUGGUCGUCUCAGAAGAAUGAUUUGAGUUGCAGCUUUAAUUUCAAGAUGCUAUAGACACCUUUUAUGUUGGGACAUUGAACAUCUAUCAACGGUAUCUGUCAAGACCUUAGUGGUUGUGGAAUGGAUUCAGAAUCUGCUGAUUCAUCAACUUCACCUCCUCUUAAAGCUCCUGACCCACCACCCCCAGCUUCUAUACAAAUUCCAGCUGCUGCUGAUUCUGGACUAGAUAAUUCGCCCCGUGUUGUACCAUCUAAAUUAUCUUCUUCUGCAAUAUCUGCAUGGGCCAAAAGUUUGAAAAUUCCUCAGCCAUUGGCUACACCACAAGAUGACUCUCCAACUGGAAAUGCUGGAAAGUCAACUUUUGCACGUUUUACCAGUGGAUUAGGAUUGCGCUUGUCUCCAAAAGCCUCUUCUUCAGACAAUAGUUCUGAUGGAACUUCAAUGACUGCACAACCUGGUUUUAUUGGAACUGUUACAAAAGGAUUAGUAGAUUCUUCUAAGAAUGCAGUAAAGGCUGUACAGGUGAAGGCUCGGCAUGUUGUCUCUCAAAAUAAACGAAGAUACCAGGAAGGAGGAUUUGAUCUGGAUAUGACUUAUAUCACCGAGAAUAUAAUUGCAAUGGGGUUCCCUGCUGGUGAUAUGAGCUCUGGAUUUUUCGGUUAUUUUGAGGGGUUCUACCGAAACCACAUGGAAGAAGUUAUCAAAUUCUUUGAAACUCAUCACAAGGACAAGUACAAAGUGUACAAUCUUUGUUCCGAGAGGCUGUAUGAUGCGUCCUUAUUUGAAGGAAAGGUGGCUUGUUUCCCGUUCAAUGACCAUAAUUGCCCCCCAAUUCAACUGAUAAUAUCAUUUUGCCAAAGUGCUUACUCAUGGUUGAAGGAGGAUAUCGAGAAUGUUGUGGUUGUGCAUUGCAAGGCUGGAAUGGCAAGAACAGGGUUGAUGAUUUCCAGUCUUCUUCUAUUCUUGAAGUUCUUCCCAACUGCUGAGGAGUCAAUUGAGUACUACAAUCAGAAAAGAUGUUUCGAUGGAAAAGGGCUUGUUCUACCAAGUCAGAUUAGGUAUGUCAAGUAUUUUGAGCGUAUUUUAACAUACUUCAAUGGUGAAACUCCUCCUGGGCGUAGGUGCAUGCUUAGGGGAUUUCGAAUUCACAGAUGUCCCUAUUGGAUCAGGCCCUCCAUUACUGUUUCUGAUCAUAAUGGUGUUCUCUUUUCCACAAGAAGUCAUCCACGAACCAAGGAUCAUUCGCCAGAAGAUUUUUGGUUUAGUGCACCCAAGAAGGGGGUAAUGGUCUUCACUUUGCCAGGGGAGUCUGGCCUUACAGAGUUGGCUGGGGACUUCAAAGUCCAUUUUCACGACCGCCAAGGAGAUUUCUACUUUUGGUUAAACACAACAAUGAUAGAAAAUAGAAAAGUUUUAAACACAAACGAUCUCGACGGGUUUGACAAGAGGAAACUUCCUUCCCCCGGAUUUCAGGUUGAGGUUGUGCUUGUAGAUUAUGAUGGCACUGUCCCUACAACACCCAACACUGAAAUUAUUGCUAAGAAAACGGAUGGAAGCUCGGGCACUACUACUGCAUCAGUUGAUGAGGGUGCACCCAGACCAAACCAAAAGAAAGAUAAAGAUGAAGUCUUUUCAGAUGGUGAGGUGGAGGAAACUGGUUCCUCGAAGAGCAGGCAAGCGGAAGCUGCUUCUGCAAGAGGAACUGUCACCAAUACCAUCUCCAGUUCUGAGACGGAGACAAAUUCAGAUCAAAUUGCAAGUGUGAGUCAUGCAACCGAACAUAUAUCUCUGGGGAACACUGCUGGCUCCACACAGAUGCAUGUUGAUGGGCAGAGAAAAAGUGAUUCCGUCGCUGGAGCUGCCUCAGUCCUUGAGGUGCCCAACACAGAAAGUGAAUUCAAGGCAAUGGCAGCUGAUGCUUCUGUUUUCACAUUUGGAGAUGACGAGGACUACGAAAGUGAGUAAACCACAGGUAUACAUUGUUGCCUCCGACACAAAUGAUCUGUACAUAAAAAUGGCUUGUACAUGCACCAAUUGCUUAUUGCGAGGUCGUGUUCAAUCCCUUAGUUUCCUUGGUAAUGUGACACGUCUGGUUCUCGUGUUUUGUGUUGUCAUGUAAAAAAUUGGCUAGACGUGAGAAGCGUUUUUAUAUCAGGGGACUCAAAAUAGUGAAUUUGUUUUAUUACUUUCCUAUGAACAACAAAAACUGUAACAUGUUAAUAACACAGCAAAAUUAUAUGUGCAUGUGGUGUAUAUUUGUUUUA